AAAAGGGGAAAAGAGGGAGGGUGGCGUUGCAGGGCAACAAGGUACGUGACGGAGGAGAAAGUGGAGAGGUGGCGGCGAUUUCUGAAUUAUUAACCACGCGAGCCGUUACGUCCCCACUUCAGUGUUUUCUAUUUAAAAAAAAAAAAAAAUUAAAAAAGCGUUCAGACACACGCGGAAAUAGUCGUAUGAAAUACCUUAAAAGUCAUUAGACUCGCUGGUUUGUUAGAGAGUCAGUUUCUAGCGGCGUCUGCUCAACUUCAAAUAGCGAAGAUGCCCCUGGCACAACUAGCUGACCCUUGGCAAAAGAUGGCAAUUGGGAGUGCAACGAGUGAGGACACACAUCAUGAUUUGGAGGAUUCAGUAGGAGAUGAUGAUGGCUUAUCCUGUCAGGAUGACGUGCCAGUCAAGGAGAUCAGCAUCACACAUCAUGUUAAAGAGGGCUCAGAGAAAGCUGACCCACGACAGUUCGAGCUUCGCAAAGUCCUGGGUCAGGGCUCCUUUGGGAAGGUGUUUCUGGUGAAGAAGAUCACGGGGCCCGAUGCGGGUCAGCUCUAUGCGAUGAAGGUGCUGAAGAAAGCCACACUGAAAGUUCGGGAUCGAGUAAGGACAAAGAUGGAGCGGGACAUCUUGGUGGAGGUAAACCACCCCUUCAUCGUUAAACUGCAUUACGCAUUUCAGACAGAAGGAAAGCUUUAUCUGAUUCUGGACUUUCUUCGAGGGGGAGAUCUUUUCACCCGUCUGUCAAAAGAGGUGAUGUUCACAGAGGAGGAUGUAAAGUUCUACCUGGCUGAGCUGGCUUUGGCAUUGGACCACCUCCAUGGACUGGGAAUCAUCUACAGAGACCUCAAACCAGAGAACAUCCUGCUGGAUGAGGAUGGGCACAUCAAGCUGACGGACUUUGGACUCAGUAAAGAGUCGAUCGAUCAUGAGAACAAAGCCUACUCUUUUUGUGGGACGGUGGAGUAUAUGGCUCCUGAAGUGGUCAACCGCAGGGGACACACCCACAGUGCUGACUGGUGGUCAUACGGCGUGCUAAUGUAUGAAAUGUUAACCGGCACACUGCCCUUCCAAGGCAAGGACCGCAAGGAAACCAUGACCAUGAUUCUGAAAGCCAAGCUGGGCAUGCCUCCAUUCCUCAGCUCAGAGGCACAGAGCCUUCUCCGCAACCUGUUCAAACGCAACCCCUCCAACAGGCUGGGUGCAGGUCCAGAUGGGGUUGAGGAAAUAAAGAGACACCAAUUUUAUGCUUCCAUUGACUGGAAUAAAUUAUUUAGAAGAGAGAUUCACCCUCCCUUCAAACCGGCCUCUGGGAGACCGGACGACACGUUCUACUUUGACCCAGAAUUCACAGCUAAAACUCCCAAAGAUUCACCAGGUGUGCCCCCUAGUGCCAAUGCCCAUCAGCUCUUCAGAGGUUUCAGCUUUGUGGCCAUCAGCUCAGAGGAGGAGACUCAGCCACUGCAGAGCAACAUGAGCACCAUAGUUCAGCAGCUCCACAGAAACACCACUCAGUUCGGAGACUCGUAUGAGGUGAGGGAGGAUAUCGGUAUCGGCUCCUACUCCAUCUGCAAGCGCUGCAUUCACAAAAGCACUGCCAUGGAGUAUGCUGUCAAGAUCAUCAACAAAGCCAAGAGAGACCCAACAGAGGAGGUGGAAAUCCUUCUGCGCUAUGGCCAGCAUCCCAACAUCAUCACCUUAAAAGAUGUAUAUGAUGAUGGCCGCUCAGUCUACCUGGUGACCGAGCUCCUGAAGGGAGGGGAACUGCUGGAUAAGAUCCUCAGACAGAAGUUCUUCUCAGAACGGGAGGCCAGCUCUGUCCUCUACACCAUCACAAAGACUGUGGAGUAUCUGCAUGGACAAGGGGUGGUCCAUAGAGAUUUGAAGCCCAGUAACAUUCUCUAUGUAGAUGAGUCAGGCAACCCAGAGUCCAUCCGGAUCUGUGACUUUGGGUUUGCCAAACAGCUGAGGGCAGAGAAUGGCCUGUUGAUGACCCCUUGCUACACUGCCAACUUUGUGGCCCCAGAGGUGCUGAAGAAGCAGGGUUAUGAUGCUGCUUGUGAUAUCUGGAGCCUAGGUGUCCUUCUAUACACAAUGCUCACAGGGUUCACUCCGUUCGCCAAUGGCCCUGAAGACACACCGGAAGAGAUCUUGGCUAGGAUUGGCAGUGGGAAAUUUUCGCUUACAGGGGGAUACUGGAACUCUGUCUCAUCUGAGGCCAAGGACCUGGUAUCGAAAAUGUUGCAUGUAGAUCCUCAUCAGAGAUUAACAGCAGCACAAGUGCUAAGGCAUCCCUGGAUCAUUCACAAAGAACAGCUUCCCAAAUACCAGCUCAACAGACACGAUGCUCCUCAUCUCGUUAAGGGUGCCAUGGCUGCUACAUACUUGGCCCUGAACAGGAAUGUCCCCCCUGUGCUGGAACCUGUAGGCUGCUCCACUCUUGCUCAGCGCCGGGGAGUAAAGAAACUGACCUCCACAGCUCUCUGAGCCGCUGCCCUCCACUUCCAACCACUGAUGUGGCGCCAGGUGGCGGCUUUGUGCCCAGCCACUCAACUGCCCACUCACCCAUUCGCCU